AUGUUAUCCCACAGCCAAUCGGAGUCAUCUCCUCUGCUGACUGCCACCAGCUCCCAAAAGCAGAUACAGGUUGCAGCCACCGAGACACAAAGACGAGGAGGCCAUCAUGGUUCCGCAUCACUGUCACAAACAAUCAUAAAUGAGGCAAAGACCUGCAUGGGAACAGGAUGUCUCGCACUGCCAUACGCAGCACGCGUUGGUGGCAUCUGGUUGCAUGUAAUUGGAAUAUUUGCCGUCGGACUGUGGAACCUGUAUUCUGUGACACGAUUGUGCCAGUGCCUGCAGCUGUUACCCAAAGAAGCCAUCUUGGAAGAAGACGACGACUCAUCCAGGCAAGAUGAUGAUGAUGAUGAUGUGGAGAAAAAUGAAGACUUGCAACCGGUUGUCGAAAUGGCAUCACCAUGUCAUCAUAGACCAACGACGUCCUCGUUGGACAGUGAAGCAUCAGCUUCGCGACAGCAACAAUCAGCACCAACACCCAAUUCCCACAAUCACGCGAAUAGCAAGACAAUCCCAGUGGUAUAUCCUCCCCCGCCACCUGGCACUUCGACUUAUUCACGAGUUGCGUGGUAUGCCUUUGGCCCGUUGGGACUUUAUACACUAGAUCUUCUCAUGGCAACUCUAUUCAUUGGUGUUGUGGUGGCAUUUGUGGAUGCCACUAGAGGAUUCUUGAGAGACACUCCCUUCACCACGGGGUCCGAUAUUUUGGAUGCUAUGGCCAUUGCCGCAAUCAUUGGGCCAAUGUCCGCCGUUCCUGACAUGGGAUAUCUCGCCAAAGCAAGUGCUACGGGGCUUGGAGUGCUAUUCUUUAGCUUCGCCGUCAUUGCAGCCUACGGAUUGUUUGACAACAGCAACCCAGACGCCAACAACGACGCCAGCUGGAAUUGGUAUCCCGAGAAUGGCGUUGAGGGUGUCAGUACUUGGUUUGGAUGCCUCGUCUUUGGAUAUGGCAUUGCUCCCUUGACAUACAACUUUCGUGAGAGCAUGACAGAGCCCACACAGAUGGUUCAAGCAUCCUCUGUAGCCCUCCUGAUUGUGGCCAGCAGUUAUGUCUUGUUGGGAGUUGGACUCUAUCUUUUGUUCCCAAAUGUUGAUGGAGAUGUUCUGCGCAUGCUGCCUUCGCAAGGUUGGCUUCCGAUCAUCAUUCGUCUGGGGAUGGCCGUGGUCGUCUUUGUGACGGCUCCUCUUCUAAUCGUCCCCUGCGGCCAACUCGUGGAGGGGAAGAUUGUAAAAAUCAGUGCAGCAUCCCAUAUAGACGUGCCAUAUCGAGUCCGAGCCACGGUACGAAUGGGCAUUGCUCUAACCUGUGUUACAAUCAGUGUUAUGGUACCAGGCUUUGUUUCUGUCUUGAGUCUGGUCGGCUGCGCAUCCGUUGCCACGGUGGGCUUUGUUGUGCCCCCACUAUUGUAUUUGCGAUUGAAUCUGUUAACGCAGAACAAGCUGUCAUGGACCAUCGCACUGGAUGUGUUCAUGUUGCUGUGGGGGACUGUUGCUACUGGGAUAUCAACAAGCUACACCUUUCGGAAUGUCAUUGGAAGUCAAGUUUAA